AUGGUGGUUGAUAAGCCAUCGGCAUUUAUAGAGAAAGAAGGGUUUGUUAUUAUUGCGAAAAGUAUUCAUAGUAAAAUAAAAGAGAUAUUAGAUAAGGGUGUUUUUCAUGAAGCAGAUGAUCUUGGUCGUAUAUAUGCAGCUUUGGUAAAAGAGAGAGUUGAAAUGUUAGGAAUUGCGGGGUCUAACCGUUUUGGGGUUUAUGAGAAUGAUUUUGGUUGGGGAAAGCCUUCAAAGGUGGAGAUAGCAUCGGUGGAUAGAGCCCUAACAAUUGGAUUGGCAGAGAACAGAGAUGCGAAAGGCGGUGUUGAAAUUGGGAUUGUUCUGAAGAGACCAGUGAUGGAAUUAUUUGGCACUUUGUUUCGUGGAGGAUUGUCAAAUGAGUGA